GCCCGGGCCCCCAGUGCCAGCCCAAUAGACUGAUGAGUUAUUGUCAUGUAAAAAAGCGCUAGCAAUAAGACCAAACGCUUUGCUAUUGUCCAAGCGGAAAGAGCCAAGUUUAUUAUGAGGACUAUAUGCUCUAGAGACCUCAGGCUAGGCGGCUCUUAGGGGGCUUUUCAUAAAACAGGGCUAGGUUCCUAUAAAGGAGGCCAGUUUUGGAGCAGGCGCGGAGCAGUGCACAUCUACUCACCGUCCAGCCUUUUUUUUUCUCCAACCAGUUCAAACUAAACAAGUCAUCCUUCCCACAAAAUCAUCGUUCGUUUUCCUCACUGUUAUUUUUUCCCCUUCAAACCCAAAUUUUUGGGUGCUUUUGUUUGACAUUUUUGCAGGGAAGUGCAGCUUUCAACCUCUACCGAGCCUUCUCAAAUGUAUAAAAUGGAGUAUUCUUACCUAAAUUCCUCUGCCUACGAAUCAUGUAUGGCCGGGAUGGACACGUCGAGCUUGGCAUCGGCCUAUGCGGACUUCAGCUCGUGCAGUCAAACCAGCGGCUUUCAGUACAAUCCCAUCAGGACCACUUUCGGGGCCACCUCCGGCUGUCCGUCCCUCACGCCGGGGUCCUGCAGUCUUGGGACCCUGCGGGACCACCAGAGCAGCCCGUACGCCGCAGUUCCCUACAAACUCUUCACGGAUCACGGAGGACUGAACGAGAAGAGGAAACAGAGGCGCAUCCGGACCACCUUCACCAGCGCCCAGCUGAAGGAGCUGGAGCGGGUUUUCGCUGAGACACACUACCCAGACAUCUACACCAGAGAGGAGCUGGCGCUCAAAAUCGAUCUGACUGAAGCCAGAGUGCAGGUGUGGUUCCAAAACCGGCGCGCCAAGUUCCGCAAGCAGGAGCGCGCAGCUGCAGCAGCCGCAGCGGCGGCCAAGUCCAGCUCCGGAAAGAAGUCCGACUCCAGAGACGAAGACAGCAAAGACACCAAAACUACCGACCCUGACAGCACAGGGGGACCAGGACCAAACCCGGUUCCGACCUCCAACUGUGGCGGACCGAGUCCCACCGCAGGCCAAGUCAACACGAACGGGAACGGACAGGUGGACCAGGUGAAGACCUCCGUGUCCUCAGGCAUGGGAGUGACAGCACCCAGCCAAGGCUGGGCCACCGCACCCGGGACCAUCACGUCUAUCCCGGACUCUUUGGGCGGGCCAUUCGCUAGCGUGCUGUCGUCUUUGCAGAGACAGAACGGAGCUAAAGCCACGUUAGUAAAAACCAGCAUGUUCUAAUGAAGCCUCUGAGAUGAAGAACCAGAGAGCAGGAGGGAAGAGACGCGUUUCCUACUCCGGAGACUGAAAAGCAAUCGCUUCAAGACACACCUGAGGACAAUAAACAGUAGUUCAAAAGGGACGAACGCGAUCUUUUUAUUUUUACGCACUGCGCCAUUUCUUUAGCCCGACACAUUUCCUUUAAAGUAUUCACCUAAACAAGUCACGUUGUGAUUAUUCUGCAAACGAAUCCGAUUCCCUUCAUCUCUCGAGCAUCAGAACUACUAAAGCAGUGAGACGGGAUGUGUCAUGUAUCCCUCGUUUGUAGACAAAACUGUUAAAAACAGGCAUCAGUUUAAAAACACAAACAGCAUUCCUUAAGUCAGGUUCAUGGGGGACAAUAUGCUCGUUUAGAUGUUUAUUUUCAGUCCAAAUGUUGAGGAAGUAUAAAUGGGAAAUGCGCAGUGUGAAUCAAGGAGCCUCAUUACGCAGGCGCUGUGUUCGGAUCGGAGACGUUAAAUCCACCUGGCUGGAGAAAAACUUAACUCGCUGACUCAUAAAGCUUUCUGUUCUCUACAAACGCCCCGCUGUGUGGACGUGCGCGCUUCCAGAGAUGUUUGCGUUUCUAGGGCUGCUGACAGUUUAGUUUCUUUAAAUUGUCGAUAUAAACACACUUAUUUCCUCGAGAUUCUAAAAAAGGCACAAACUACUGCAAUGUUCACCCCCGACAGGAAAUCUGUAUGUUCUGUGUGUCUUUCUACGGCAGUGUUUUGUGGCUCAGACUGUAUAGUGUUAAUACGUAUUCUUGUCUCUAGUUGAACCAUAGACCAUACUCCCUCGUAGAUCCACCAUGCAAGUCUUUUUUUGGUGUUUUACUAAAUUCCCUCUGAAGAAUUUAUUUUGGGUAAAAGAUGAAAAAAGAAAAAAUGAAAGAAAAAAAAACAGGGAAUGGAUGCAAACGUUGUAUUUAUUUCUAUAUAAUUUGCAUGUUGUCUCUAAUUUUACACUGAUUUGUCUCCCAUUUUGUGAGCAUUAUGUAACACGUUUUUGUCCAGGAUCCGAAAGUUAUUUAUAUGUAGGUAAUGAAUGCUUAUAUUUAAGAAGGAAAUAUUUCUACAUGUGCACAUAGUUUUCCAGGUGUACCAUUGAAAUGAUUGUUGAUGAUAAAAAAAUAUUGGUUCACUUUG